CUACUCUUCUCACAAACAAAAUGUUCUCGAAUCUCAGCUGGCAGGACAAGCAGGCCUUCUUCGCGCUCCUCGACGAGUACUUUGAGUCGCGCCCACACCUGCGCCCCGGCGCGGGAGGCGCGGCCGACCACUCCUCCUCGGCGCCGCCCGUGUCGUUUUCCUCCAAGCCUUCUUCUCGCCCUACCCCUCCCGCACCCCUACGUGCAGUCUCGCACGCCUCGGGCAUGUCGAGUCCCGACCGUCCCGGCUCCGCCGCCACCGGCACCUCCAGCACACACACAGGUAGUACCGGCGGCCGGCAGCUUGGGCAGGCCAAGGGUGCAUUCAACGACAGCAUGGCCAAGGUCACGAGCAACAGCACCAUCAAGGCGGGCCUGGGCAAGGUGGGGGCUGGUGGCCUGGCGAACAAGUUCAGCGGCGGGAGCACCUUCAAGCCCACCGGCAACGUGCCCGGGCCUGGCGAGCGUCAUCUCCCGCCCGCACCCGCCCGCAGCGUUGUGGGCCCCCCUCCGCAGCGCAAUGUCGGAGGAGGCGCCAAAAGCGGAGGGACGGGCGCGUGGAACGACGCAACGCCCGCACAGCCUGUGCCGGCGUACAGCGGGGCAGGGCGCGCGCAGGCCGUGUAUGACUUUGACGGAGGGGACGUCAAUGAUCUGCCGUUGCGCGCGGGCGAGGUCGUCACGAUUGUAGCCAAGACAUCGCCCGACUGGUGGACGUGUCGCAACGCUGAGGGACGCGAGGGUCUCGUGCCUGGCAACUACAUGACCGAAUUGUAAGCUGUACAUAGCACGGAUGCGACACUUCAGGCGGCGGCAAGGGCAGGCAAGUGAACAUGGGAUCUACAUCUCUUCUACAAACUAGGCCGCAGCGCCGAGGACGCGCACGGUGCGGUC